AUGUGGGGAGCUUUCCAAGAGUUCACGUGCGACUUGCUAAACGGAGUCGAGGGAAUGCCCGCAAACAUCGCAAAGGGUGUAGCCGGUGGAUUUCUGUUAUGCGAAAAGUUGAGGGGAACAAUAGCGGAGUUUAGUGCCUUGAGAGAGGAUAUUUUUGAUUUUCAAUUCGAUCUCAUGGAUGUUCUUGCAAGAGUCAUAAGAGGAAACGUGGCUAAAAAAUUGUCCAUGUCCAUCCAGAGAGAAGGCGGUGAUUUCUUACACGCUGACCAGCUUUUGGGGGGCUUUUUCAUGACGCAGAUUUUUCUUCAGUCUCAAGCCUGGCUCUACUGUGAUAAACUUCAGUACCGAAAUAAUGGGAAACCGGUCGAGGCGUGUAACACAGCGAAUGGGGUCUUCACCAACAACGAGUUGGACAACAUCGUCGCAUAUACGGACCAUGACACCUAUGCAUCAAUCGAACGCACAGUCUACAUCCCUUCAAUACCUCAGUUUGAUGGAGACUUGGGUUACAUUAGUAUAUCAUUACUUGCAGAACAUAAAACAACAACACUCAGACUUCCGUUAAACACGACCUGGCUGCAAUACCACGAAUGGAGCUUGAAAGGUGAGACGAGCGCCCCUUUUGUGGAAGACUUCCAGCUUUUUCUUCCCAGAAGGGGUAACGCACCGAAUACAAAGAAGGUGGCGACUCGUAUUGUGAUUUCAGCGGACACUGAUGCUGGUAGCUAUUCCUCUGCCGAGUCAGAAAUGCUGUUUAAGUUACCAGAAGAGCAUAUUUCUUACGUAACAGUCUACCAAGAAGGACAUAGAAAAGCUACUUGCCCUGAUGAAAUCCCAAACCCUUACAGCCUCUGUGGAAAUCUUCCAAAGAUAUGCCACAGUUCUGCGAGUGUACCGGGAAAAAGUCUGCUCCCAACAACGCUAUCCAGAUGGAGGGUACACUAUACCAUGCAGUCGGGGAUAGAGGAGAAGAAAUGGAAAGCUCCAAGGUCCAAAACCAAUCUAUACUUCAUUGCCAAGUUGAAACUGCGCAUGCUCCCGUCUGUGUUGAUAAGGGAAAGAAGAGAAAAGGCUUCAAAGACGAAGGAGAAGUGUUGUCGAGGCAACACAUAUCGUUUCUCAUUGGUUAGCCAAGAGUGCAAGGAUUGUCCCACGGAUUCUACGUCACGUUUGGGAGGGUACUACUGUCAAGAAGAAGAAGAAGAAAAGCCGGGAAGAAGAAAGCACAAAAUAGUACCGGCAAGUCAAGGAAAAGAUUAA